CCCUGUGGGACAGAAAAGGGCAGGCAAACACAAGGAGACAAGCGCCGAGCCACUGGGUGCAGGCAGAACCUGUGACCAUGGCCAAGCUGGUGGAGUGUGUUCCUAACUUCUCAGAGGGGAAUAACAAGGAGGUAAUUGAUGCGAUAGGGCAGGCCAUCUCCCAGACACCAGGCUGUGUGCUGCUGGAUGUGGAUGCUGGUGCCUCCACCAACCGCACUGUCUAUACCUUCGUGGGGUCCCCCGAGGCUGUUGUUGAAGGGGCACUGAGUGCAGCCCGCGUGGCUGGGCAGCUCAUUGACAUGAGCCGGCACACAGGUGAACACCCUCGGAUGGGAGCCCUGGAUGUCUGCCCCUUCGUACCAGUGAUGAACGUCAGCAUGGAGGAGUGUGUCACCUGUGCCCAUGUUUUCGGGCAGCGUUUGGCUGCAGAGCUGGGGGUCCCUGUUUACCUGUAUGGAGAGGCAGUGCAGGAGGAGAGCAGGAAAGCCCUGCCCGCCAUCCGUGCUGGGGAGUAUGAGGCACUCCCCGAGAAGCUUGCAAAACCGGAGUGGGCUCCUGAUUUUGGGCCCCCAACCUUUGUGCCCCGGUGGGGGGCCACGGUGACGGGUGCCCGGACCUUCCUUAUUGCAUACAACAUCAACCUGCUGUGCACCAAGGAGCUGGCUCACCGCAUCGCCCUCAACAUCCGCGAGCAGGGACGCGGCACCAACCAGCCUGGGCGCUUGAAGAAGGUGCAGGGCAUCGGCUGGUAUUUGGAGGAAGAGAAUAUAGCCCAGGUUUCGACAAACCUGCUGGACUUUGAGACCACGCCGCUCCAUGCUGUCUAUGAGGAGGUCUGCCGAGACGCAGAGGCACUGAACCUCCCUGUGGUGGGGUCACAGCUGGUAGGGCUAGUCCCCAAGAAGGCCAUGCUGGACACAGCUGAGUUUUACAUCAAGAAAGAAAAACUCUUCAUCCUGGAGGAGGAACAGAAGAUCAGGCUGGUGGUGAGCCGGCUAGGCCUGGAUUCUCUGUCUCCAUUUCACCCCCGGGAGCGCAUCAUCGAGUACCUGGUGCAGGCAGGAGAGGUGGAUGGGGGGCUGGUGGCCAAGCCACUGGGUGCCUUCGUGCGAGCAGUCGGAGGGAGGUCAGCAGCGCCAGGAGGAGGCUCUGUGUCCGCAGCUGCAGCGUCCCUGGGAGCGGCUCUGGGCUGCAUGGUGGGGCUGAUGAGUUAUGGGAAGCGGCAGUUCGAGGACCUGGACCCCAUAAUGAGGAAGCUGAUUCCCCCAUUCUACCAAGCCAUGGAAGAGCUGGUGACAAUGAUUGAUGCCGACUCCCGUGCUUUCAGCAGCUACAUGGAAGCUAUGAAGCUGCCAAAAAGCACCCCUGAAGAACGGGAGAGACGCAUGGCUGCCAUGCAACAGGGGCUGAAGACAGCUGUGAGUGUGCCCUAUGCCCUGGCAGAGAAAGUGAGCGGGCUGUGGCCCACUCUAAAGGAGCUGGCAUGCCACUGCAACCUGGCCUGCAAAUCCGACAUCCAGGUGGGAGCCAAAAUGCUGGAAGCAGCUGUGUUUGGAGCUUACUUCAAUGUCAUGAUCAACCUCAAAGACAUAAUGGAUGAGAAGUUCAAGCUUGUGAUGUCGCAGAAGAUCUCUGGGCUACUGGAGGAGGCGAAGAAAGGCUCAGCACUUGUGCUGGAACUGCUGGAGAAACGGGCAGCCUGAAAGGGGCUUGAGGAUUGGACAGGGGCUCUGCAGUGGCAAAUACAGCUGGGAAACACAUUUGUGCCUGCCUGAGCAUCUUUGGUGUCCGCCUCAGGAGAGCUGCCCUGGUCAGGCAGAUCCCACCAUCACGUCCCCUGCUGGCCUUUCCGUGGCCAAGGGUGAUGAAAAUGGGACCCCAGUCUCAGUCUCUCCAUGGCAUAAGGAGCCAGCUGGGCUGGCAGUACCAGGGGCCACAGGUCUCCCAACAGAGGGGACAGUAGGGACACCAUGGCACUUCCUGGGAGGAAAUCCUGUGUGCAGGCACCUCCAGACCCCACACACCCCUGUGUGUUUCCAUGCCCAGAAAAUCUCUUGAGGCACACCCCUGUCUCAGGGUUGGGCCAAGAGCUGGUGCGGUCUCUUUCUGCAGGGUGUCUUUUUGAUGGUGCGUGACAAGACCAGACCUUUGCAUUGUUCACCAGCCCGGGAAAGGAGUGCUGCCAAACAUGGGGCAUCAACAGGGGGGUUGCAGGGUAAUGGGGAUGGGAGGAGAGGAGCUCAGCUCCCUUCCUCAUAGACCCCUGGAGAGGAAGAUCUGAGCACUGAAGGAUUGGUGGUCGAGUCACCAUCCCUGGAAGCAUUUAAAAGAUGAGUAGAUGAGGUGCUCAGAGGCGUGGUUUAGUGGCAGAUAGCAAUGGUUGGACUCGAUGAUCCAAGAGGUCUUUUCCAACCUGGUGUUUCUAUGAUUCUAUGAUCCAGCCCUCCCACAUGUCUCUGUUGACUGAGUCUGACGGCAGAUAUCACCUCCUCCAUCUGCGCACCACGGCAGCACCCUGGGGUCAUUAGCUGAACCAUGAGCCCUGCUGUGUCACAGCCAUGCCUGCAAGACUGUGAGCCCCUGUGUCAGCCCCCUCCCUGGAGACUGUGCCCAAGCUGGGAACACCGAACCAGGGUUCAUGGCAGGGCCGCCUGACUCACCCCAUCACCUGAUGGUGAGAGGUGAAACCACCACUUUCUGUCUCCUGUUUUUAUCAGCCCAGUUGGACCUUUGUGCCAGCUGGGAGUGGCGUGUUGACAUUUGCUAUGUGCUUAUGGUGACAGCCGUGGCGCAGGGAGUGGUGCAGCCUGUUCCACGGCGGUGUCACCCCAGCCCACCCACCCCUCCUCGCCCAGGCAGGGCCCCGGUAUUUAUCAGGUGCCUUCCACCCCUGGAGAGCUGUGCUGAGGACGGCAAUCAGAGGUGCUGCGGGUGGCAGUGCUUUCAGAGACCAGUGCCAGCACCACCUCUGCUGGGCCUUUCCCACAGGUUGGCUUGGGAGCCACAGAGGAUGUGGAACCCCAACCCAGGAGCACCCGGAGGGGUGCCACCACAAGUCCAAAUCUGCCCAUCUGCCCCUCCGGGAUACCCUGGCCCUGGCACUCCAGCAGGUCCAAACCCUGGCUGCGGUCCUGGGACCUAUCCCCAGGGUGGCCAUCCUUGUGGCCCCCCUCCACCUGGCUGCUACCCACCGGGGCAUCACCCUCAUGGGCAACACCCUCCGGGGCAUCACCCCCAUGGGCACCACCAUCCAGAUCAUCACCACCAUGGGCACCACCAUCAAGGGCAUCACCACCAUGGGCACCAUCCUCCAGGACAACCAGGGUGCCCACCGUGCCCCCCUGACUGCCAUAAGAAGCACCAUAAGAAACACAAGAAGAAGCACUCCAAGAACCACAAAGGCAAGCAUUCCAGCAGCUCAAGCAGCAGUUCCGACUCUGACUGAAGAGGUCAUUUCCCCCCCACACAGCAGUGAAGUGAAGAAACAUGAAGACAAAUACCCCAUGGGACCUACCUGCUUAUUGUUUCACCUUUUCCCCCUCUCUCUUAGAACACUGUUUUGCCUGCUGAGUGAUUUUGUUGAUUUUAGCUUGUAAAUUCCUUGACCUGGAAUUGCUGUGAGAUGAUGAGCAGCAACUCUGUCCUGUCUCUUGGAAAACCCACUGGAAGUGAUCCCUGAGGCUGCAGGUAGCAGUGUGGAGAGUAUCACGUGCCAGUUUGAAGUCUGCUGGUGUCCGUGUGGUUUUUCCUGUGCAACAAUGCUGGCUGCUACUGCGGAUCUCACUGCCUGUAUAAAUCCUUAUAUUUGCGUGAGCUGUAACAGAGGGGUUGGCCAGGGAGCGCUGCAACUUUCCCCUUGCUGAGCUGAAUGGGUUGCCAUCAUCUCUGCCAGGGUAAUAAAUACAUGGGAAAAGUA